AUGCUGAUCCGCCGGGCAGCUUCACUGGCCACCGCCGCCAUCAAUCACCAUUUCCGGCGCUUCUCCACCGCCGCGCUCCUCCAGGAAGCGGAAAACCCCAUUCUGCUCACCUACCUGGAGGGAUUGCCCAGGCCUGACCCUAAGCACGACGAAACCAUCCACGCGAUCCCACGCGCUAAAUCCGGCAAGAACGAAGCCGCCAAAGAGAGGAAUGUGGGCCGUGUUCCAAGUAUCGUCUUCGAGGCGGAAGAUGGCCAGCACGGCGGCAACAAGCGCCUCAUUUCCGUACGGAGCAAUCAGAUAAAGAAGCUUGUGGAUCACUUGGGUCGGUCCUUCUUUCUCUCCAGGCUUUUUGAUCUGGAGGUCCGGCCCGAGUUCGGGUCGGAUGAAAUAAUCGAAAAAGUUAGAGUCUUGCCACGGAAGGUACAUCUUCACGCAGGCACCGACGCAGUGCUUAAUGUCACGUUCAUCAGAGCCCCAUCUGAUGCUUGGUUAAAGGUCGAUGUUCCUCUUGUCUACAGAGGAGAUGAUGUCUCCCCUGGACUCAAGAAAGGGUCAUCUUUGAACAUCAUCAAGAGAACUGUUCAAUAUCUCUGCCCGGCAGAUGUCAUCCCACCCUACAUUGAUGUGGAUUUAAGCGAGCUUGAUGUCGGCGAGAAGAUUGUUGCUGGGAAUUUGAAUGUUCAUCCAGCGCUUAAGCUACUGAUAUCAAAAGAUGAAGUUGUGGUCAAAAUCAUGGGUUCUAGGGUUUCUGACCAGAAGAAAUCCAAGUAG